CCUAUCAAUAUCGACUUUUUUCGUCAAUCCAAAUAUCGAAAAUGUAUUGAACAUUUGCAUUCACCUUAAGGUUGAUGUUAAAUUUAAUCCAAAUUCUGCAAUUAUUAUUCAUCAGCUGUAAGUGACAGCGUUGUGUGCAAAUUUUUCCCAUUGUGGCAGUGAAUUAUUACAUAUGUUUUGUUUAAGAAUUGAUAAAAUUGGUUGCAGAGAAAUUUAAAAUCUAUUUGUGACCAUCACUUAAUUUUCACAAGCGCACACCAAUUUUUUAGGUGUCUAGGUGCCGAAUACUGGGGGAUAUGUCUCGAAAUUCAAAGAGUGGGCCUGGUCCGAUACCAAAUCGCUGGCUGCAUUGCCCUCGAAAAAGUGAAAAGGUUAUUGCUGAACGUUUUUUGGCAUUUAAAACACCUUUAAGCAGCGCAUUUGACUCGCAGAUGUCAAUAGAAUGCAUGUUUCAUCCAGAAAUGAUUUUUGACUAUUGCAAAUCAAUAAAGUUAAAGUUGGGCCUUUGGAUCGAUUUGACAAACACAAAGCGUUUUUAUGAUCGCCAAGUGGUUGAAUCACGCGAUGCUCAGUAUGUAAAAUUGCAGUGUCGUGGUCAUGGGGAGACACCUUCACCAGAGCAAACACAGUCAUUUAUUGAGAUUGUGGACAAUUUCAUUAAUGAACGUCCAUUUGAUAUUGUGGCCGUACAUUGUACGCAUGGUUUUAAUCGUACAGGAUUUCUGAUUUCUUCAUAUCUAGUAGAGCGUCUUGAUUAUUCAAUUGAAACUGCGUUAGCCAUAUUUGCAGAAGCACGCCCACCCGGCAUAUACAAACAGGACUAUAUAAAUGAACUAUUUCGUCGCUACGAGGAUGAUGAAGAUGCUAUGAUGGCUCCCGAGUUGCCAGGUUGGUGUUUGGAGUACGAUGAUAGUGAUGGUAGCAAUGAUAAUAUGUAUGAUUCGCGUAAGCGGAAAGCAUCUGAAGUGGCUUCCAGUUCACAACACUCUGAUUUUAAUCAUGUCAAGGUUGGUCAGGUGGGUGAUGAAACCCAAAAAGAUUUCAAUAAAAACGAUCACACAGAAGGCGCUGUCACAAAUGCGAGAAGUGGUGAAGUUAAUGUGACAUGUACUUCCAAUGUAAGAGGUCAUAAGCGCCGCAAAGAGAUUAUAAUUAAAAAUGCAACAUUCAUGAGCGGUGUGCCAGGCAUAGUGCAUGUUACAGAUGAACUAAAACUGAGUGAAUUGCAGUCUAAGCUCCAAGAUAUGUGCGGUUGGAAGAAGAGUGGGUUCCCAGGGGCUCAACCAGUUUCUAUGGACAAAAAUAACCUAAAACGUUUAUAUGAGAUACCAUAUCGUGUAUCGUGGAAAGCCGAUGGAACACGGUAUAUGAUGCUUAUUAAUAAACGUGAUGAGAUUUACUUUUUCGAUCGGAACAAUUCAUGUUUUCAGGUUGAGAACUUGACUUUCGUUAAAGCUGGAAAUUUAAAUCAGCAUUUAGAAGACACGCUUCUAGAUGGGGAAAUGGUAAUUGAUAAACUUAAUGGUCAAUCCAUACCGCGUUACCUGAUAUAUGACAUAGUUAAGCUUUGCAAUAUUGACAUUGGUUCUCAGCCAUUCUUUCCUGACCGGUUGCGUUGCAUCAAAGAUAAAAUAAUUGAUCCCCGCUAUGAAGCCAUAACAAAGGGUUUGAUUAAUAGACCGCUAGAACCGUUCAGCAUACGCCAAAAAGAAUUUUGGGAAAUAGAGCAAUCUGCCGCUCUACUAGGUGAAAAGUUUGCUAAAAGUUUGUUACAUGAGCCAGAUGGCUUAAUUUUUCAGCCCUCAAAGCAACCCUACAAAGCUGGUGUAUGUCCGGAUGUACUUAAAUGGAAACCGUUUCAUAUGAAUUCUAUAGAUUUUCGACUCAAAAUUGCAGUAGAAAGUGGCAUGGGAGUGGUAACACAAAAAAUAGGCCUAUUAUAUGUUGGCGGAUCUGACCAGCCUUACGGAAAAAUAAAAUGCACUAAGGUCUUGAAGGAUUUGGAUAAUAAGAUCAUUGAAUGCACCAUUAAUUCGCAGGGGCAGUGGGAAUUCAUGCGUGAACGUACGGAUAAGCUAUUGCCAAAUAGUUACAAUACAGCAGAAUCGGUUUUGGAAAGUAUACGUCAUCCGAUAACGAAGUCUAUUUUACUGGGCUUUAUUGAGAACUAUAGAUUUCGCGAUCAUAAUAAUGUAAUGCCGCCACCCCAACAACGUCAUUUGCCACCAAACCAACACCACCCACCACCUAUGCAGAAACAGCACCAAAACCAUCAUCAAAAAGAAGAACAUCAGCGACUAAAAUAAAUGAAGUUAUUUUAGUUUAUAUUUAAGACAUGCAGUUCGCAAAGCACUUCUAUUAAAAUUGCGAAAAAUUUUGUCAAAUACUUAAUAGUAGAAACAUAUUGGGAAAAUAGAUUUAUUUAAA